CGGCCCCAGUCGCCCUCCAACGCCUCCACAGCCACUCAGGAUCCUCCCCCAGCUGGCCAGGAGUCACGGACGCCCUGCACAGCCAAAGCUCAACCAGAGCCGUGACGUGGUAGGAAGUGAGCUCCCUGUGUUCAAGAGCAACCAAACAGGACAACCAUGGAGGAGCAUCAAUACUCAGGAUUCUCAGACUAUACCAGGAAGCGAUGUUGCAACCGGGACACACAGCUGGCGCUCGUAGGCCUGCUCACCACCGCGCUGUGGGCUGGGCUGCUGGCCCUGCUCCUUCUGUGGCACUGGGAUACUCUAAGGACUAUGAAACAGCUGGAGGAGUCUGUGGCCCGCAAUGUCUCCCAGGUUUCCAAGGAUCUGCAAAGGUACCAGGGCGAACGGGCGGCCCAGAGAUCCGAUGCCUCCGAGGUACUGCGAGCGGUGCAGGAGCUCCGAGCUGAGCAGAAGAAUAUAACGCCUCAGAACUUCAGGCUCUCCCAUAACCUGGACAGACUUCAAGAGGAUCUGAGCAACUUUAAGUCACAGAGCUUGAAUGAGAAGCGCACAGCCUCGGAUUUGCUGAAGCAGCUCCAGGAGGAGGUGGUGAAGCUGUGGAUGAAGAUCCACGUGGCAGAGGGUUCUUCGUGCAACACGUGCCCCGAGAACUGGAUCUCCUUCCAAUACAAGUGCUACUACUUCGGAGAGGGCUCCAAGCAGUGGGUCCAAGCCCGGUUCGCCUGCGACCACCUGCAGGGACGGCUGGUCAGCAUCCAUAGCCGGGAGGAGCAGGACUUCCUGACCGAACGUGUCAGCAUGAGGGGUUCUUGGAUUGGUUUACGGGAUCUCGACAGGGAGGGGGAGUUCAUUUGGAUGGACGGGAGCCCACUGGACUAUAGCAACUGGUCCCCCGGGGAACCCAAUAAUGGAGGCCAGGGUGAAGACUGCGUGAUGAUGCUGGGCUCCGGGCACUGGAACGACGCCUUUUGCCGAAGCCGCCUGGACGCCUGGGUGUGUGAGCGCCUGGCCACCUGUGGGCCGCCCGCCGCUGCUGUUGCUACCGUGGCCACCCCUCAGCCACUCCAGGCCACGGAGCCCCGCUAAAAACAGUGGCAUUCUGAGGGCUGCCCCGCACCUCCGCUAAGCCCAGCCCUAUG